AUGCUUUCGGUGUCCCGCAUUGCGGUCGGGAACGUGCGCUGCGUACAUCCGGGCGUAGUACGAGCGAGAAAACUCAUUUCCGCUGGAGGCUUCACCCAAACUUUUGGCAGUCGGCGAUGGAUAUCCAUCAAGGUAAAUCACGGCCUACUAGCGAAAGAAUCAGAUUUGAUUCGACGCAGAAGGCGAUCGCCGACAGAAAGCAAAGCGGAAUCGAACGAUCCGUGCGGUUGUGAGGACGAUGAACCGGACGGUCCAAAUUCUAGUACAAUUAUUACACCAUUUGACGAAAAUCGUCGUAUACCUAUGAUGGGCGAAUUGAUUCAAUUCCCGAACGAUCCCAGCCCGUAUCCGGCCCCUCCAAGACGGCACGUUCCCAUAAAUCGAUUCUUUCAGCCGAAACCGGUCCAAACAGUGCCCGAUCCCGUGUUAGUUUCUUGUGAAAAGUGCGAAAGUAAUGAAGAUCGCGAAGUUGAUGUUCAGGAGGGAACAGAACAAAAAGCCAUUGCGAGUAGAGGUGGUCCAACAUGUCCGCCACCACCGCCUCCACCUCCAAAACAAUCCUACACGGGUUAUAUACUCGGUGCCAUCGCACUUACGGCAGGUGGUCUAGGACUUGCGUACUAUAAUGGGCUAUUUGAUGGAACACCGCCUCCAACACCACUAGAUGAUACAAAGGAAGAUCCGAGACGAAAGAAGUUAACGUAUCCGGCUUCCUCGAAAGAUCUUCCAAAACACGUUCCUUACUUGUUGAUUGGUGGUGGAACCGCCAGUAUUGCAGCUUUUCGAUCAAUUCGCGGACACGAUCCUAAAGCGAAAGUGAUGAUGAUAACCAACGAGCUCGAAAUGCCGUACAUGCGGCCGCCGCUCUCGAAGGAGCUAUGGUUCAAUCCGACCGAAACGGAACCACUAAAGUUCCGACAGUGGAAUGGCAGUGAGCGAAGUAUUUUCUACGAAUCGAACGAUUACUACAUCGAUCCGAGUAAACUCAGCGACGCACCCAACGGUGGAGUGGCCGUAGCUCGCGGCUAUGAAGUGCACCGGCUGGAUGUGGCAAAUCGGAAAGCUAUUCUUACCGACGGUACGGAAAUAACGUACGAUAAGUGUCUGAUCGCAACCGGUGCUCGUCCGAAAAAUUUGCCCAUCUUUGAAUCAGCUCCGCGGGAUGUCCGAGAACGUGUGACACUGUUCAAGAGCGUACACGAUUUUGAGCAACUAUCUUCAAAGCUGGGCGACGGCUGUCGAGUUGCAAUUGUUGGUGGAGGAUUCCUUGGCAGCGAGCUAGCCUGUGCCCUUUCCAAAUCGGAACAAACGCGCAAGAAAAAGGUGGAAGUGUUUCAGCUCUUUCACGAAGGUGGCAAUAUGGCAAAGAUUCUACCCGAAUAUCUGAGCAGUUGGACGACGGAGCGAUUGCGCGAAGAGGGCGUUAAGGUGUGGCCAAAGACACAGGUGAAGGCGGUCGAAAUGCAAGGCUCGAAACUUAAACUUACGCUAAUGGACGAUAGUGUACUGCUGGUGGACAGGGUGAUAGUAGCGGUCGGUUCGGAACCGAAUACGGAUCUUGCAAAAACCUCCGGACUCGAGGUUGAUAACCAGAAUGGCGGGUUUUUGGUUGAUGCUGAAUUGAGAGCAAGAUCGAACGUAUUUGUGGCUGGGGAUGCGGCUUGCUUCUACGACACAAAGUUCGGUCGUAGGAGAGUUGAACAUCACGAUCACGCCAUUGUGUCGGGACGAUUGGCAGGCGAAAACAUGGUUGGAUUGAAUAAACCUUACACACAUCAAAGUAUGUUCUGGUCGGAUCUUGGCCCUCGGAUUAGCUACGAAGCGAUCGGUCUCAUCGAUUCUGCCCUGCCCACUGUAGCUGUGUUUGCUAAACGUACUGCAGAAGAGAUGUCACGAGCAGUCGCGGCUGUUACCGGUGGGGGUAACGACUCGGAAAAGCUACAGGCAGCAAACGCCAAUGUUAGUGUUGAUGUGAAAGCCGUCUCCGUUGCAGGAGCAGAGCAAAGGCAGGUGGAGCCAGCAAAGGAACAAAGUAAAGGACAGCAGGAACCGGAAGAUAGCUUCGACAAGGGUGUCAUAUUUUAUCUACGCGAAAAGAAAGUCGUCGGAUUGGUGCUAUGGAACGUGUUUAAUCGUAUGGGAACGGCCAGGAAAAUUCUGGACCAGCACACGGAGUAUGACGAUCUAAAUGAGGUUGCAAAACUGUUUAAUCUUCACGAACGACCCGCGGAAGAUGCGGAAAUCGAGGCAGAAUAG